CCCCUCCUCUACCUUUCCAUGAAAAACUGGAAUUUGGAGGAAUUUCCAUGGAAUUCUGAGGGGACAAAUUUCACAUUUCCACCCCACUGCUCUUCCCCUCAACCCCUCAUGCCCCUCUCCUACUUUUCCAUGGCAAACCGUGGAAUUUCCAUGGAAUUCCGAGGGGCUGAUGCCGAUUUUCCGUCCCCCAGCGUCGCUCAGCGGGGACACGGGCGUGAUCCACGUGGUGGAAAAGGAGGAGGAUCUGGAAUGGGCCCUUUCCAAAGGGCCUCACCCCCCCUACAUGAUCCUGCUGAAUGGGAGUCUCUUCUCCAGGGAGAUUUUGAUGCAGCUGAAGGGAACUUCCCGGAUCUCCGGCCUGGCCGUGGCCGCUGCCUCUCCCGCCCCUUCCCAAGGAUUUUCCCCGGGGUUGAAGUGUCCCAACGAUGGAUUUGGGCUGUACUCAGAGCAGCACGGGCCAGAGUAUGCUCACUGCAAUGGCUCCAUCUGGAACCCCUGGGGCAGUGGUGUCUCCUAUGAGGAUUUCCCCUUCCCCAUUUUCCUGCUGCAGGAUGCCAACGAGACAGAAGUCAUCAAAGAGUGUUUCCGCGCCCACAACGUGCCGGCGGCGGCGGGGGCGGCGCCGCGCUUCCCGCUCUGCGCCAUGCAGCUGCAGUCCCACAUGCACGCGGCCGCCAGCACCGUCACCUGCAUGCGGCGCAGCUCGCUGCAGAGCACCUUCAGCAUCAACCCAGAGAUUGUGUGUGACCCCCUGCUGGAUUACAACGUCUGGAGCUCCCUGAAACCCAUCAAUGCCUCGGGGAAGGUGGAGCCCGAGCAGCGGCUGAUCCUGGCGGCCACACGGGUGGACAGCCACUCGUUUUUCUGGAACGUGGCCCCCGGUGCCGAGGCCGCCGUCGGUUCCUUCGUGUCCCUGCUGGCGGCUGCCCAGGCCCUGCAGGCAGCCCCGGGGGCCCUGCAGCUCCCCAGGAACGUCCUGUUCGUCUUCUUCCAGGGGGAAACCUUCGAUUACAUCGGCAGCUCCCGGCUGGUUUUUGACAUGGAGCAGGAGAAAUUCCCGCUGCGCCUGGAGAACAUCGGGGCCUUCCUGGAGCUGGGCCAGGUUUCUCUCCGGAACGACUCUGUGCUCUGGAUGCACACGGAUCCCAUUUCCCGCCAGAACCAAUCCGUGGACUCCCAGGUGCAGAAUCUCCUGGAUGUGCUCCUCAGCUCCAGCUCCGGCUCCAACGUUUCCCUGCAGGAGCCAGAAAAUUCCCAGCCCCUCCCCCCCUCGUCAUUCCAGAGGUUCCUGAGAUCCCGGAACAUCCCGGGGGUGGUGCUGAGCGACCACCGGACUGCCUUCCACAACAGGUAUUUCCAGAGCAUCUACGACACGGCCGAGAACAUCAGGAUGAGUUAUCCCGAGGGAUUGACUCCCGAGGAGAGGCUGGAAUUCGUCACCGACACUGCCAAGGCGCUGGCCGAGGUGAGCACGCUGCUGGCCCGGGCUCUGUUCUCGCUGGCCGGGGGAACUGGCAGCACUGAGAGCAUCAAAGCAGAUCCCAAAACGGUCACCCGGCUGCUCUACGGAUUCCUGCUCAACUCCAACAAUUCCUGGUUCCAGUCCCUGAUCAAACCUGACCAGAAGGGAAUCCUGGGCCCCUUUCCCCAGCACUACGUGGCCCUUUUUUCCAGUUUCUCCCUGGCCCCCUCCCAGCUGUUCGAGUACUGGUGGGUGCAGGGCCCCCUGCAGGGGAACUCCUCCUCGCGGGCCCCGGGCUGCGUCCGCUCCGGCGUCCGUCUGUCCCCCGCCCUGUCCCCGGCCUUCGAGCUGCGCCGCUGGGACUCGCGCGAGUUCUCCACCUGGACCGAGAGCCGCUGGAAGGACAUCAGGGCACGCAUCUUCCUGGUGGCCAGCAGGGAGCUGGAGCUGCUGACCCUG